CAUCUUUAUUUACGGUAAACAAUAAUAAAUAAUGUGUGUAUGUGUAGCGUGAAGAUGUUUCGCUCUAAACGGGAACCUUCCUUAUGUUCUUGUCGUUUCCGUCCGGAGCCAGACAGAGUGACACACAAUAGUUUGGAGGGAAGAUAGAAGAUGGCAGGCGCUAAGUCAGCUCAGGUGCUGUGCAUGGACGUGGGCUUCUCCAUGUCCAACUCCGCCCCGGGUGAAGAGACUCCCUUUGACUUCGCCAAAAAAAUCGUCCAGAAGUUUGUAAUGCGCCAGGUUUUUGCAGAGACUAAAGAUGAGUUGGCUCUGGUCCUGUUCGGCACAGACUCCACCAGAAACCCUCUGGCCCAGGACGACCAGUACCAGCACAUCACAGUGCGUCGCCACCUCCUGACACCUGACUUUGAGCUCCUGGAGGAGAUUGAAAAUCAGAUCCAUCCAGAGGGUCAGCAGGCUGAUUGGCUGGAUGCCCUCGUAGUCUGCAUGGAUCUUCUCCAGACAGAGACUAAGGGAAAGAAGGUUGAGCGUCUCAACAUUGCCCUCCUCACUGACCUCAGCAUCCAGUCCAACCCGGACAACCUGGAUGUUAUUAUUGAAAACCUGAAACGAGCUGAUAUCACUCUGCAGUUCUUUUUUCCUUUCCCUGUGGAGGAAGACGAGGAAGGUCAAGGAGAUGCAGACAGGAGAGGCUCUGGUCCCCCACCGGGUCCAGGAAAAGGACUUUCCAAGGAACAGAAAGACAAUGUGGACAUGGUGAAGCACGUCAUGCUCAGCCUGGAUGAAGAGGACGGCCUGGAUCAAAUUUACACCUUCGGGAAUGCAAUCGAACAGCUGUGUAUGUUCAAGUGUAUUGAGAGGAGACCCAUGGCCUGGCCCUGUCAGCUGACCAUAGGCGGCUCUCUCUCCAUCCGCAUUGUUGGCUACAAAGCAGUGACUGAAGAGAAACUCAAGAAAACCUGGACUACAGUUGACGCACAAUCUGCCCAGAAAGAAGACAUAAAGAGAGAAACCGUCCACUGCCUGGACGAUGACAAUGAGACAGAGGUGCCGAAGGAGGAGAUCAUUCAAGGUUUUCGUUACGGAAGCGACAUCGUUCCCUUCUCCAAAGUUGAUCAAGAUCAGAUGAAAUACAAACAUGAUGGGAAAUGCUUUGCUGUGCUGGGCUUCACCAAACAGGACAUGAUACGUCGGCAUCAGUUCAUGGGAACGCAGGUUGUGAAGAUAUUCGCUCACAAGGAUGAUGAGCAUGCGGGAGUGGCGCUGUCGGCUCUUAUCCGAGCGCUGGAUGAGCUCAAAAUGGUGGCCAUUGUACGUUACGCCUACGAUCGACGCAGCAACCCUCAAGUGGGAGCAGCUUUCCCCUGCAUCAAGCGGAACUAUGAGUGUCUGCUGUACGUCCAGCUGCCCUUCAUGGAAGAUCUCAGACAGUUUACAUUUCCUUCACUUGAAAACAAAAAGUUCACUCCCUCAGACACCCAGCUGUCUGCUGUCGACUCGCUCAUCGACUCUAUGAUGUUGGUGGAAGAAGACGAGAACGGAGAACAGACGGACUUGUUGAAGGCCCACCAGAUUCCCAACCCUUCCUUCCAGAGGCACUUCCAGUGUCUGCAUCACCGGGGGGUGAAACCCGGCACCCCUCUCCCCCCCAUGGAGGCAUGGGUGAAGGCUGCUCUCGAUCGCCCCGCUGUCAUUGAAGAACGCUGUAAAGCUCCACUCGAGGAGGUGAAGAGGAAGUUUCCUCUCACUGAAGUGGAGAAGAAAAAGAAGCUGAAAACUAGUGCUCAGAUUUUUGGCAAAGACUCAGAGGAGCCAGAUGCCAAGAAAGGAAAAGAAGACGAAACUGAGGAGGAGUAUAACCUGGCUGACAUCGCUGAAGGCUCCGUUACUUCGGUGGGAAGUGUGGAUCCAGCCCGAGACUUCCGCCUUUUGAUCAAGCAGAAGAUUCUCCCAUUCGGAGAGGUCUGUCAGCAGCUGACUCACAGGAUAGAGCAGUUGCUUGGCAACAAGAGCACACACUAUUACAUGAAAAGCAUCACCUGUAUCCAGGCUUUCAGAGAGCAGUCCGUUAAGCUGGGGAAUGCUGAUUUGUACAACAGCUACCUCCAGUCGCUGAAGGGGAGCAUCCCGAACAGGGGGCUUGAGGUCUUCUGGGACCUGCUUGUUCAAGACGCUGUAACUCUGAUCAGCAAGGACGAGGUCGAAGGAAGCACCGUAUCCAAAAACGAAGCCAGUCAGUUUCUUGCUCGCGAGGAGAAGAAGGAGGAGGCAGCUGCACCACCGGCCGAAGAUGCUGGAGAUUUUGAUGACUUGCUGGAUAUGAUGUAAGAAGAAGGAGUGUCUGCUGCGCACUUACAGAGAAAUUAGAAGAAUGUAAUCUCUCAACCCGACCAGAUCCGACCAGUUCAGCCGUCCAUUGUUCUGCCUCCCACUCUGAGACCCCUGGAUCUUUGUAACUGCACGCAACUGUAUUUGUGACUCAGCUGUGGCUUAAACAUCCGGUGCAAAAAUACUUUAGUUGAUAAUUCACAAAAACUGUCCCACGUACACUAGGCCAAAUGUUUGUGAUUAUUUUUUCAAGUUGUAAAUAUUGUCUUUUAAGAACCUUGUUGUAAUUCCACUCUAAGUUGCAGUGAUGUUGGGACUUUACAGAAGACAGCACUGCAAUGUCCAACAAACUGCAGGUUUAUUAUGUUUAAUCAGUAAAGCUUAAUGCUUGAUCAAGGA